GCCAACAUGGCGGAUGCAAACUCAUAUAUUUUUUUAAUGGCGGACAAAAGUUGAGUGUAAAGUAUUAGAAGUUUAAUUACAAAUUUUAUUCCAUGCACUGCAAGUAAUGAUAUAAUUAUUACAUUAAUUUUAAAUCCUAACGCGAGCUGAGGAUUUCUAAUUCAUCAUGGCGUUACCUGCUAAUUAUAAACAGGUAGCACUGUCUACACCCAGUAUGGUCACUCCGAACCAACGUUUACGAGCUUCUGGCGGGGGUGGCAGUGGAUCUGGUGCUAAUAAAGAUUCAUCAAGUCCUUUUAUUCAAACUCCACAUGGACACCCAGGAUUUACCCCACAAAAAGUUGGUAAAAAUACUCCAGCUGACUCACGUUUACCAAAACCACCGAAACCACCAGAGAAACCUCUGAUGCCGUACAUGAGAUACAGCCGUAAAGUUUGGGAUCAAGUAAAAGCCCAAAAUCCAGAAUUAAAGUUAUGGGAAAUUGGAAAAAUAAUCGGACAAAUGUGGAGAGAUUUACCAGAAGAAGAGAAAACCGAAUAUAUAGAGGAAUAUGAAACCGAAAAAGUUGAAUAUGAAAAAAGUUUGAAAACUUAUCACAAUUCACCAGCAUACUUGGCGUACAUUGCAGCUAAAAAUCGUGGAAAAUCAGCAUUAUGUGUAGCACAACAAAGCAGUGAUGAUCGUGAGACUCAUGAACGUUCCUCCAGUGGCGGCAAGGGUCAAGCGGCUCAAGACAGACGAAUAGAUAUUUUGCCAGCUGAAGAUGAAGAUGACCAAGAUGAUGGUUACUCUGUUAAACACGUGGCUUAUUCCCGUUACACUCGGAACCAUCGUUUGAUAAAUGAAAUAUUUAGUGACACUGUUGUUCCUGAUGUUCGUUCUGUAGUCACAACUCAACGAAUGCAAGUACUGAGACGUCAAGUCCAGUCGCUUACUAUGCAUCAGAAAAAAUUAGAAGCUGAGUUACAACAAAUAGAAGAAAAAUUUGAAGCUAAAAAACGUAAAUUUAUUGAAACAAGUGAAAUAUUUCAAGAGGAAUUGAAAAAGCAUUGUAAACCAGCAGUUGAUGAAGAUACGUUCAAUAAAAUGGUAGAACGUCAAUAUGAACUUUUACGUCGUGAAAGAGUUAGAGGUAAUGAUGAAACUCGAUCUGAUGGUCCAGCAUCCAGUGACUCAACACCUAAUUCUACUCCUACUCCGACACCGGCAGUAAUGAACGAAGACAACACUGCAGAGAAUGAAAAUGAAGGCGCUGAGAAGAAAUUUCAAGAAUCAGAGAAAGCAAUAGAGGUAAAGAAAGGAAGUCCAUCUCCACCUUUCAUGGAAGGAAAACUGGAUUCUCCUGUUCAAGCAAAUGUCAAUGCUCAAGGCAAUACAAUGAGUUAUCCAGGAUCAGUUAGUCCAGCUCAUCACCAACCACUGCCACCGCAACAACAGCAUCAACAACCACCCACUCUGAUUCCACAGCAACCUCAAACACAGCAAAUAACACAUCAAUCACAACAGUCUCAAGUGUCACAACAGCCUCCUCAUCUUGCACCUCAGCAUCCGACAAUAAUGCCACCACAACAUCAAUCGUCACAACCACAACCUCCGAAUCAUUCUCAGCCACCCUCUCUACAGUCUCAAGCACCGACUCCACAGCAUCCACAACCACCACCAUCUCAGCAUCAACCACUUCAACCUCCUUUGCCACAUCAACCACCUCCACCGUCACCACACCAACAAUCUCCUCCAGGUCCUCAUCAACAGCAUCAACAACCGAGUGCUCAACAUCAUCUUCCUACACCGCAACAUCAAACGCUUUCUUCUCAACAUCAAGGUCCACCUUCACAACAUCAAGGCCCACCUUCGCAACAUCAAGGCCCGCCUUUACAACAUCAAGGAGGACCACCUUCCCAACAUCAAGGCCCAACACAGCAUCAAGGACCUCCUUCACAGCACCAAGGAGGCCCUCCGCCUCAACAUCAAGGCCCUCCAUCUCAACACCAAGGUCCUCCAUCUCAACACCAAGGACCUCCUUCCCAGCAUCAAGGGCCUGCUUCCCAACAUCAAGGACCUCCUUCUCAGCAUCAAGGUCCUCCUCAGCAUCAAGGACUUCCAUCCCAACAUCAAGGACCUCCAUCUCAACAUCAAGGUCCUCCAUCUCAACAUCAAGGUCCUCCAUCUCAGCAUCAAGGACCUCCUUCUCAACAUCAGGGACCGCCAUCCCAACAUCAGGGCCCACCUUCCCAACAUCAAGGCCCUCCUCAACACCAAGGCUUGUCUUCUCAACAUCAAGGCCCCAAUUCUCAACACCAAGGACCCAAUUCACAACACCAAGGGCCUAACUCUCAGCAUCAGGGUCCACCAUCUCAACAUCAGGGCCCGCCGUCUCAACAUCAAGGCCCACCUUCGCAACAUCAACAACCUAUGCCACAUCAGCCUCCAUCAAUGCAUCAACAGUCACCACCGCCGCCACAACACCAACAGCAGCCGCCUCCCCAUCAUCAACCACCACCCCCACCCCAGCCAUCUCCUCACCAACAAUCUCAACUUCCUACAGCCUCAACACCAGGAAUGCCCAACCCACCAUCAACACCCCCAUCCUCAUCUCCUGUUCCAUCCUUGCAGCACAACCCUCACCAGCCACCAAACAUGAUGCCCAAUCAUUCAAUGCCUUCCCAAGUAAUGACACCUCAAGGCCCAGGCAACCCUCACGGCCCGCCACCCAUGAUUCCACCUGGACAAGGUUACUCUCAGCAGUACCAGCCACCCGGUGGACAACCACAGGCACAAAAUGUUCCACUCGCACCGCGACCACCGCAUCCAUCUUACGGUUACGGUCAGCAGCCAUACCAUCAGCCCUAUCCUCAGUACACUCACUCUUACUACCAUCAGCCGUACUCUCAAUAUUCUCCCCACCCCAUGGGAAGACCGCAUCCUCACGGACCUCACAGUCCGCACAGUCCUCACAGUCCCUACCAUCCGCAGUCACCUCACACAGUAGGCGAUACUAAUCCACCUGGUAAUGCUGUAGCUGGAUCAGGUGCUGGUCCCAAUGCCGAAGGUGGCAACUCUGCGUACUCACCUGCUCCCAAUCAUGGGGAACCAGAGCGACAAGGGCCCGCUGAUAAUCAAGGCGAUGGACAGAAUGAUGCUAAAUGAGCAUCAGUAUAACGAUAAUAAUAAAAAAAUAAAACUAAUAAGUGUAAAAAUAAAUAAUAAUCUAAUUAUUAGCAAAUACUUUUUUUUUUAGAAAUUCAAUUAUUUUGUUUUUACUACUGUACUUUUUACUUGAUAUUUCUGAUUAAUUACAACCGACAUGAUCUUAUUAAAUAAAAUUAGCAUAUAUAUGCUUUUGAUAUAUAAAAUUAUUAUUUUUAUUAAUUGAUAUUCACAGUAGUAAAUUAGUUAUGUAUUUAAAUGCAAUUAAAAAAGUUAUUCUGUAUUUUUAGUGGGUAAAAAAUAUAUAUUAAAAAAUAAUAAUGACUAUUGUAUGAUAUAAAUUUCAUGAUUUCAUUUAUACAAAUAAAAAAUUACAAUCAAUAUUUAGUGGCAAUUAUUAAUUACAAGAUUGCGAAAAUUUUGACAUUAAUUGUAUUAUAAGUUAGUGUAUAAAUAGGAACCUUAAUUUAAUUAAUUACUUGACGGGUUUCAUCUGCCACAAACCGUCGUUUAGAUAAUGACAGUUUUCAACUC